CCGUCACUAAAAACGAGGACUCCCUCAUCCCGGCAGGAAAAAAGGGGGAGAAAGAAGGCGUGUGCCGUGCAGGAAGAUGAUCAUGCAGCACAUCUAAUUCUUACAAAGAACACAACAACCGAGACGAGGCUGUGGACUUCUUGUGGUUUUCUGCCGCCGAUCUUGCCUGAAUUGAGGGAUUUGGUGGGAGCUGCAAGAUGUCUCGAGGUGUGAUGCAGCCCAGUCAGCAGAAGCUGGCGGAGAAACUCACCAUCCUCAAUGACCGCGGCGUCGGCAUGUUGACCCGCGUCUACAAUAUCAAGAAGGCAUGUGGCGACCCCAAGGCCAAGCCCUCCUAUCUGGUCGACAAAAACCUGGAGUCUGCGGUCAAGUUCAUCGUCCGGAAGUUCCCUGCAGUGGAGACACGCAAUAACAACCAACAGCUGUCUCAGCUGCAAAAAGAGAAGUCGGAGAUCCUGAAGAACCUGGCUCUCUACUACUUCACCUUUGUGGACGUGAUGGAGUUCAAGGACCACGUGUGCGAGCUGCUCAACACCAUCGACGCCUGCCAAGUCUUCUUUGACAUCACGGUGAACUUUGACCUGACCAAGAACUACCUGGACCUGGUGGUGACCUACACCACACUCAUGACCAUCCUGUCACGCAUAGAGGAGAGGAAAGCCAUCAUCGGACUGUACAACUACGCCCACGAGAUGACGCACGGGGCCAGUGACCGGGAGUAUCCCAGGCUGGGCCAGAUGAUUGUGGAUUAUGAGAACCCCCUGAAGAAGAUGAUGGAGGAGUUUGUCCCCCACGGGAAGUCCCUGUCAGACGCUCUCAUCAGCCUUCAGAUGGUUUACCCCAGAAGGAAUCUGUCGGCCGACCAGUGGAGGAACGCUCAGCUGCUCUCUCUGAUCUCCGCUCCCUCCACCAUGCUGAACCCUGCACAGUCCGACACAAUGCCCUGUGAAUAUUUAUCUCUGGAUGCAAUGGAGAAAUGGAUCGUUUUCGGCUUCAUCCUUUGUCACGCCGUGCUGAACAGCGAUGCAGCGGCGUUGUCCUUGUGGAAGCUGGCCCUGCAGAGCUCCACCUGCCUGUGUCUGUUCAGGGAUGAAGUCUUCCACAUCCACAAGGCUGCUGAGGACCUCUUUGUCAACAUCCGAGGGUACAACAAGCGCAUCAAUGACAUCAGAGAGUGCAAGGAGCAGGCUCUGUCUCAUGCAGGCUCCAUGCACCGAGAGAGGCGCAAAUUCCUCAGGUCCGCUCUCAAGGAGCUGGCCACCGUCUUAGCGGACCAGCCAGGGCUGUUGGGCCCAAAGGCGUUGUUUGUGUUCAUGGCAUUGUCGUUUGCCCGUGACGAGAUCAUCUGGUUGCUUCGACAUGCGGACAACAUCCAGAAGAAAAGCACAGAUGACUUCAUUGACAAACACCUUGCAGAGUUGAUCUUCUACAUGGAGGAGCUGAGAGCUCACGUCAGGAAGUACGGCCCAGUCAUGCAGCGAUACUACGUGCAGUACCUGUCGGGGUUUGAUGCCGUUGUUCUCAACGAGCUGGUGCAGAACCUGUCUGUGUGUCCGGAGGAUGAGUCCAUCAUCAUGUCUUCCUUUGUCAACACUAUGACCUCCCUCAGUGUCAAACAAGUGGAGGAUGGGGAGGUCUUUGACUUCAGGGGCAUGAGGCUCGACUGGUUCAGACUGCAGGCCUACACCAGCGUGUCCAAAGCUAGCCUGGGUAUCGCCGACCACAAGGAGCUGGGCAAAAUGAUGAACACCAUCAUCUUCCACACCAAGAUGGUGGACUCGCUUGUGGAGAUGCUGGUGGAGACGUCAGACCUCUCCAUAUUCUGCUUCUACAGUCGUGCUUUUGAAAAGAUGUUCCAGCAGUGCUUAGAGCUUCCCUCGCAGAGCCGUCACUCCAUCUGCUUCCCCUUGCUCUGCACACACUUCAUGUCCUGCACGCACGAGCUGUGUCCCGAAGAGCGUCAUCACAUAGGAGACCGCAGCUUGUCCUUGUGUAACAUGUUUUUGGAUGAGAUGGCCAAACAAGCCCGAAAUCUGAUCACUGAUAUCUGCACUGAACAAUGUACCCUCAGUGACCAGCUGCUUCCCAAACAUUGUGCCAAAACCAUCAGCCAGGCCGUGAACAAGAAGAGCAAGAAGGCGACUGGGAAGAAGGGUGAACCGGAGAGAGAGAAACCAGGAGUGGAGAGCAUGAGGAAGAACAGACUACUGGUCACAAAUUUGGACAAACUCCACACUGCACUAUCAGAACUCUGCUUCUCCAUCAACUACGUCCCCAACUUGGCAGUGUGGGAGCACACCUUCACGCCAAGAGAGUACCUGACCUCCCACCUGGAGAUCCGAUUUACCAAGUCCAUCGUGGGCAUGACCAUGUACAACCAGGCCACUCAAGAGAUCGCCAAGCCCAGCGAGCUGCUGACCAGUGUGCGGGCCUACAUGACUGUACUGCAGUCCAUCGAGAAUUACGUCACCAUUGACAUCACCAGGGUUUUCAACAACGUCCUCCUGCAGCAGACGCAGCACCUGGACAGCCACGGCGAGCCCACAAUCACCAGCCUGUACACCAACUGGUACUUGGAGACGUUGCUCCGUCAGGUCAGCAACGGACAUAUUGCUUACUUCCCUGCCAUGAAGGCCUUUGUCAACCUGCCCACGGAGAAUGAGCUCACCUUCAAUGCUGAGGAAUACUCUGACAUCUCUGAGAUGCGCUCCUUGUCGGAGCUUCUGGGUCCGUAUGGCAUGAAGUUCCUCAGUGAGAGUCUCAUGUGGCACAUUUCGUCACAGGUGGCAGAGCUGAAGAAACUGGUGGUGGAGAACAUGGAAGUUCUGACACAGAUGAGAACCAGCUUUGACAAACCAGACCACAUGGCGGCGCUGUUCAAGAAACUCACCUCUGUGGACAGUGUCCUCAAGAGGAUGACCAUCAUCGGAGUCAUCCUCUCAUUUCGCUCCCUGGCUCAGGAGGCGCUGAGAGAUGUCUUAUCUUGUCACAUUCCUUUCCUGGUCAGUUCAGUGGAAGAUUUCAAGGAUCACAUUCCCAGAGAGACAGACAUGAAGGUGGCCAUGAAUGUCUACGAGCUCUCCUCAGCUGCGGGCUUACCCUGUGAGAUCGACCCCGCCCUGGUGGUGGCGCUGUCCUCACAAAAGAGCGAGAACAUCAGUCCAGAGGAGGAGUACAAGAUUGCUUGUCUGCUGAUGGUCUUUGUGGCCGUUUCCUUGCCAACGCUGGCCUGCAACGUGAUGUCGCAGUACAGCCCCGCCAUCGAAGGCCACUGUAACAACAUCCACUGUCUGGCCAAAGCCAUCAACCAGAUCGCUGCUGCUCUCUUCACCAUCCACAAGGGAAGUAUUGAGGACCGCCUGAAAGAGUUCCUGGCUCUGGCCUCCUCCAGCCUCUUGAAGAUCGGCCAGGAGACGGACAAGAUGACCACUCGGAACCGAGAAUCUGUCUACCUGCUGCUUGACAUGAUCGUGCAGGAGUCUCCUUUCCUGACCAUGGACCUGCUGGAGUCCUGCUUCCCUUACGUCCUCCUGCGUAACGCCUAUCAUGCCGUCUACAAGCAGAGCAUCAGUGCCAACGCCUAAACACACACACACACACACACACACACACACACACACACUUUAAGCCUGACACCCUGUCACUAAACACACACACAACAUUUAGCAAAACAAAUACACAAGAAUACACUAUAACAUUACACACACAGUUUAAAUUCUAACAAAAUAAAUACACAAGAAUAGCUUGUAAUGUUACACACAUACACAGUGUUCCAAUAACAAAUACACAACAUGUUGUAGCGUUACACGCAUACAUAAUUUUACAAUUAACAAUAAGUACCCAAGAAUACAUUGUAACAUUACACACAGUGUUACAAUUAACACAAUAAGUGCACAAUAAUACAUUGUAACAUGACACACACAAUGUUAUAAUUAACUCAAGAAUACAUUGUAACAUUACACACAGUGUUACAAUUAACACAAUAAGUCCACAAUAGUACAUUGUAGCAUUGCACAUGCACACACUAAGUACACAAGAGUACAUAGUAACAUUACACACACAAGUACACAAGAGUACAUAGUAACAUUACACACACACAAGUACACAAGAGUACAUAGUAACAUUACACACACUAAGUACACAAGAGUACAUAGUAACAUUACACACAAGUACACAAGAGUACAUAGUAACAUUACACACAAGUACACAAGAGUACAUAGUAACAUUACACACACAAGUACACAAGAGUACAUGGUAACAUUACACACACAAUUACACAACAGUACAUAGUAACAUUACACACACUAAGUACACAAGAGUACAUAGUAACAUUACACACAAAUACACAAGAGUACAUAGUAAUAUUACACACAAGUACACUAGAGUACAUAGUAAUAUUACACACACAACAAGUACACAAGAGUACAUAGUAACAUUACACACACAAGUACACAAGAGUACAUAGUAACAUUACACACACACAAGUACACAAGAGUACAUAGUAACAUUACACACACUAAGUACACAAGAGUACAUAGUAACAUUACACACAAGUACACAAGAGUACAUAGUAACAUUACACACAAGUACACAAGAGUACAUAGUAACAUUACACACACAAGUACACAAGAGUACAUGGUAACAUUACACACACAAGUACACAACAGUACAUAGUAACAUUACACACACUAAGUACAAAAGAGUACAUAGUAACAUUACACACAAAUACACAAGAGUACAUAGUAAUAUUACACACAAGUACACUAGAGUACAUAGUAAUAUUACACACACAACAAGUACACAAGAGUACAUAGUAACAUUACACACACUAAGUACACAAGAGUACAUAGUAACAUUACACACAAGUACACAAGAGUACAUAGUAACAUUACACACACUAAGUACACAAGAGUACAUAGUAACAUUACACACACUAAGUACACAAGAGUACAUAGUAACAUUACACACACACUAAGUACACAAGAGUACAUAGUAACAUUACACACACUAAGUACACAAGAGUACAUAGUAACAUUACACACACUAAGUACACAAGAGUACAUAGUAACAUUACACACACACUAAGUACACAAGAGUACAUAGUAACAUUACACACACUAAGUACACAAGACUACAUAGUAACAUUACACACACACAAGAGUACAUAGUAACAUUACAAACACUAAGUACACAAGAGUACAUAGUAAUAUUACACACACUAAGUACACAAGAGUACAUAGUAACAUUACACACACUAAGUACACAAGAGUACAUAGUAACAGUACACACACACACACAAGUACACAAGAGUACAUAGUAACAUUACACACACAAGUACACAAGAGUACAUAGUAACAUUACACACACACACACAAGUACACAAGAGUACAUAGUAACAUUACACACACAAGUACACAAGAGUACAUAGUAACAUUACACACACACAAGUACACAAGAGUACAUAGUAACAUUACACACACUAAGUACACAAGAGUACAUAGUAAUAUUACACACACUAAGUACACAAGAGUACAUAGUAACAUUACACACACUAAGUACACAAGAGUACAUAGUAACAGUACACACACACACACAAGUACACAAGAGUACAUAGUAACAUUACACACACACACACAAGUACACAAGAGUACAUAGUAACAUUACACACACUAAGUACACAAGAGUACAUAGUAACAUUACACACAAAUACACAAGAGUACAUAGUAAUAUUACACACAAGUACACUAGAGUACAUAGUAAUAUUACACACACAACAAGUACACAAGAGUACAUAGUAAUAUUACACACACAACAAGUACACAAGAGUACAUAGUAACAUUACACACACAAGUACACAAGAGUACAUAGUAACAUUACACACACACAAGUACACAAGAGUACAUAGUAACAUUACACACACUAAGUACACAAGAGUACAUAGUAACAUUACACACAAGUACACAAGAGUACAUAGUAACAUUACACACAAGUACACAAGAGUACAUAGUAACAUUACACACACAAGUACACAAGAGUACAUGGUAACAUUACACACACAAGUACACAACAGUACAUAGUAACAUUACACACACUAAGUACAAAAGAGUACAUAGUAACAUUACACACAAAUACACAAGAGUACAUAGUAAUAUUACACACAAGUACACUAGAGUACAUAGUAAUAUUACACACACAACAAGUACACAAGAGUACAUAGUAACAUUACACACACUAAGUACACAAGAGUACAUAGUAACAUUACACACAAGUACACAAGAGUACAUAGUAACAUUACACACACUAAGUACACAAGAGUACAUAGUAACAUUACACACACUAAGUACACAAGAGUACAUAGUAACAUUACACACACUAAGUACACAAGAGUACAUAGUAACAUUACACACACACUAAGUACACAAGAGUACAUAGUAACAUUACACACACUAAGUACACAAGAGUACAUAGUAACAUUACACACACUAAGUACACAAGAGUACAUAGUAACAUUACACACACACUAAGUACACAAGAGUACAUAGUAACAUUACACACACUAAGUACACAAGACUACAUAGUAACAUUACACACACACAAGAGUACAUAGUAACAUUACAAACACUAAGUACACAAGAGUACAUAGUAAUAUUACACACACAAGUACACAAGAGUACAUAGUAACAUUACACACACACACACAAGUACACAAGAGUACAUAGUAACAUUACACACACUAAGUACACAAGAGUACAUAGUAACAUUACACACAAAUACACAAGAGUACAUAGUAAUAUUACACACAAGUACACUAGAGUACAUAGUAAUAUUACACACACAACAAGUACACAAGAGUACAUAGUAAUAUUACACACACAACAAGUACACAAGAGUACAUAGUAACAUUACACACACAAGUACACAAGAGUACAUAGUAACAUUACACACACACAAGUACACAAGAGUACAUAGUAACAUUACACACACUAAGUACACAAGAGUACAUAGUAACAUUACACACAAGUACACAAGAGUACAUAGUAACAUUACACACAAGUACACAAGAGUACAUAGUAACAUUACACACACAAGUACACAAGAGUACAUGGUAACAUUACACACACAAGUACACAACAGUACAUAGUAACAUUACACACACUAAGUACAAAAGAGUACAUAGUAACAUUACACACAAAUACACAAGAGUACAUAGUAAUAUUACACACAAGUACACUAGAGUACAUAGUAAUAUUACACACACAACAAGUACACAAGAGUACAUAGUAACAUUACACACACUAAGUACACAAGAGUACAUAGUAACAUUACACACAAGUACACAAGAGUACAUAGUAACAUUACACACACUAAGUACACAAGAGUACAUAGUAACAUUACACACACUAAGUACACAAGAGUACAUAGUAACAUUACACACACACUAAGUACACAAGAGUACAUAGUAACAUUACACACACUAAGUACACAAGAGUACAUAGUAACAUUACACACACUAAGUACACAAGAGUACAUAGUAACAUUACACACACACUAAGUACACAAGAGUACAUAGUAACAUUACACACACUAAGUACACAAGACUACAUAGUAACAUUACACACACACAAGAGUACAUAGUAACAUUACAAACACUAAGUACACAAGAGUACAUAGUAAUAUUACACACACUAAGUACACAAGAGUACAUAGUAACAUUACACACACUAAGUACACAAGAGUACAUAGUAACAGUACACACACACACACAAGUACACAAGAGUACAUAGUAACAUUACACACACAAGUACACAAGAGUACAUAGUAACAUUACACACACACACACAAGUACACAAGAGUACAUAGUAACAUUACACACACAAGUACACAAGAGUACAUAGUAACAUUACACACACACAAGUACACAAGAGUACAUAGUAACAUUACACACACUAAGUACACAAGAGUACAUAGUAAUAUUACACACACUAAGUACACAAGAGUACAUAGUAACAUUACACACACUAAGUACACAAGAGUACAUAGUAACAGUACACACACACACACAAGUACACAAGAGUACAUAGUAACAUUACACACACACACACAAGUACACAAGAGUACAUAGUAACAUUACACACACAAGUACACAAGAGUACAUAGUAACAUUACACACACUAAGUACACAAGAGUACAUAGUAACAGUACACACACACACACAAGUACACAAGAGUACAUAGUAACAUUACACACACAAGUACACAAGAGUACAUAGUAACAUUACACACACACAAGUACACAAGAGUACAUAGUAACAUUACACACACACAAGUACACAAGAGUACAUAGUAACAUUACACACACUAAGUACACAAGAGUACAUAGUAACAGUACACACACACAAGUACACAAGAGUACAUAGUAACAUUACACACACUAAGUACACAAGAGUACAUAGUAACAUUACACACACUAAGUACACAAGAGUACAUAGUAACAUUACACACACACAAAAGUACACAAGAGUACAUAGUAACAAUACACACACUAAGUACACAAGAGUACAUAGUAACAUUACACACACUAAGUACACAAGAGUACAUUGUAACAUUACACACACUAAGUACACAAGAGUACAUAGUAACAUUACACACACUAAGUACACAAGAGUACAUUGUAACAUUACACACACUAAGUACACAAGAGUACAUAGUAACAUUACACACACACUAAGUACACAAGACUACAUAGUAACAUUACACACACACAAGUACACAAGAGUACAUUGUAACUUACAAACACUAAGUAAACAAGAGUACAUAGUAAUAUUACACACACUAAGUACACAAGAGUACAUAGUAACAUUACACACACUAAGUACACAAGAGUACAUAGUAAAAUUACACACUAAGUACACAAGAGUAUAUAGUAACAUUACACACUAAGUACACAAGAGUACAUAGUAACAUUACACACACAACAAGUACACAAGAGUACAUUGUAACAUUACACACACAACAAGUACACAAGAGUACAUAGUAACAUUACACAUACACAAGUACACAAGAGUACAUAGUAACAUUACACACACACAAGUACACAAGAGUACAUUGUAACAUUACACACACACAAGUACACAAGAGUACAUAGUAACAUUACACACACAACAAGUACACAAGAGUACAUUGUAACAUUACACACACAACAAGUACACAAGAGUACAUAGUAACAUUACACAUACACAAGUACACAAGAGUACAUAGUAACAUUACACACACACAAGAGUACAUAGUAACAUUACACAUACACAAGUACACAAGAGUACAUAGUAACAUUACACACACACACACACACACUAGCUGGAUAUCAAAGUUGUGGUUCCAGUGUAAACAUUUUUGUUUGUUUUCAUGCUGUUGCUUGAGACGUUACCAUAGCAACAUUUGCUUCUACAAGGACAAGAUGUAUAGUAUAAAUACACAGUAUAUAUAUUUAGUUGACACUAAACUCUUUGAAGGAUUCCUUCAAUGCUCUU